AUGCGUAAAUCAUUGAGAUGGCUUAUAACGAUAGCCUUCUACUCUUCCAACUCUAUUUUAAUUAGCAACUGUCUUUGGAACAGUGGUUCUAUUUCCGAGUUUUACCUGCACUCCAUUGUGCUCAUUGAAUGCUUUUCGCUAUUAGGAUUGGUCACCUCUGACUAUUUGACCCCAUCUUUGUCAUUUAUUUCUAGUAAUAUUUUCCAUAUCUCCGAUAGAGUAUCAGGAAUGACAUUAUUAGCAUUAGGAAAUGCCCUACCUGAUAUCACCAGUACCUACCAGUCGAUGAAGUCCGGGGUUACUUCCUUGGCUAUUGGCGAGCUGUUUGGUGGUAUUUUUUUCUUGUUGACUGUGGUUAUUGGACUAAUGGGCUGCGUAGCUACUAUUCAGUUUCAACCUGAUAAGUCCAUUGAAACUUACACGGAAGAAAGUUUUGAUCAAAAUUUAUCUUACGACAGAAGCCAUUAUGUACUGGACGUGGGGAUAUUCACUUUUAUGCUCUUAGUCUCAGGCACCUUUCUAGCAGAUGGGAGACUAUACUUCUGGGAAUGUAUCGUUAUGGUUUUGACCUAUUGUUGUUGCGUCGUUUAUCUGAUACGAAGUCAUAAAUAUCCUUGUGAUACUGAUGGCACUUUAGAAAGAGAAGAAGAAGAGACAAAAAACCAUACUUUUAUUAAUAGCCGUAUGACUGUUCCAAACCAUUUCACUCUAUCAACCGCCAGCGACACUCCUCAAAUGGAUGAAGUAGCGCAACAUAUAAUACCUUUCGAAGAUACACAGAAUAACGAGGGCGGCACUACUGGAUCAGAAGUAACAUCUUCCCCAAACAAUUCAGCGGAUAAUAUUUUGAGGUUUAAUGAAGGUAUAAGUGAAAGAAGGGAUUAUAUAAGGCACAGGAUACGAGGAUAUUUACGUUCUAAUUAUCAUGGCUGGGUCAGAAUGACUUUGCAAGAUUGCUUAGAUAUCUGGGAGAAACAAAACCUCUUUAACAAUGCUGUGAAAACCUUGUCUUUGCCCACCGACGAUACCCGUUUAGUUCCUAAGGCCUCGUCUGAUGAUGACGAAGGUAGACCGUUGAUAAGGAUGAGAAAAAACUCUUUACAGCCCAGCGACUAUUACAAAUACUUGUCGCCAACAAAUGCUGGAAACUCUAAUCAAUUAGGGACCGCAAACUCAGCACCGCACAAUGAGCGCCUAGGCGAAGAUUGUAAUGAAUCUACGAGUUUGUUUUUAACAGUACCACAGGAACCAACUUCCAGAAAGAUGUUGAGUUGUGAUCGCAUCCCGGAUUUGAUUCAAACCAACUCUAAUACAUUUGAUGGUGAUAACAAAUGUCGGUCACAUAUACAAAAUCCUGUCAUGAGCAACAUAUCUAGUGUUGUAGAUGAAUCCUUGUUGGAGUACGAGGGAGAUAAUAUAUUACUCGACGGAACAUUAUCUCUUUGCUCGGCAAGAAGCAAAACCGUUUGCCAGUGUUUUCAACUGUACAAUUAUUUGACAGAUAAAUCUUUGGAUAUCAGUCCCUCCGAAUUCUUAUCAUUAUUGGUCACCACACCGGUAUCAAUAAUUCUUUAUCUGACCAUACCAUCAGAAGGGAGUCAAAAACAUCACGACUCGCCUCUUUCAUGUUUACAAAUUUUUCAGUUGAUCGCCUCGCCAAUAAUAAUAAAUCAAUUAAUUAUAGAAGAUUUUUCCUAUUGGUUGCUUAUAUUACCGGCGCUAAUAGCUAUAUCACUCUAUUUCAAACUAAAAACGACACCGAGGAAAUACAAUUCAGAUUUAAUUUUCACUAUUGCAUUCUUAUUAUCAUUAGCGUGUAUUUCGAAGACUGUUCAUUUAGUUGUUGCCACUCUUACCCAUUGGAUAGAAAUCUUUGACAUAUCUGAAACUAUAUUGGGUUUGACCAUUUUCACGUGGGGUAAUUCCGUUGGUGAUUUAGUGUCGAAUAUCACGUUCGUUAGAAUGGGUGUUUUAGAAAUCGCAAUCGGUGCAUGCUUUGGGAGUCCACUAUUGUAUUUCCUAUUCGGGGUUGGAUUUGAUGGAAUUAUGAUCAUGUUGGGUGACAAUGCAGGGAAAAUUGUCAACGGUAGAGAUAAUACUAUUUUAAUGCACCAUAUUGAUUUCCAGGUAGACAAACAUUUACUUAAUACUGGGGUCGGAAUCUCGAUUGCAUUUUUGAUAUUUACAGUUUUGAUACCAUUGAACGGCUGGAAAAUAGAUAGAAAGAUCAGUCUUUUGCUUCUGACGUUGUAUGUCGUUACUACAUGUAUCAGCGUGUUUCUGGAAAUUUACUGA